UGGGAAGAACCACUAGACAAUCAAAUUACCGAAUAGGCGUACAAAGUACACACAACGUGCAUAUCCGAAUUUGCAAACUGAGUGGAGGUCGAGGCAUGGAUUGUGAUUGGUUCAUGCGUUGCAAAUUAUUGAAACGUUCUGGCUGCGUAAGCCUGAGCCUGAACAGUUCUGGCCGGUGUGGGAGUAGAUCUUGCAUUUCACAGACAUCAGACGGGAUAUUACCUCAUUGCAUUAGACCUCCAGGAAGGCUGAAACGUCAGGAAUCAAAGAGCCGAUCACCUUUUGCGCACUGUUGGGAUAUCCUCCAAGAAGAACUUGUAGUUGACGUGGGAGUUCGUUCACUCAGCAUCACUGACAGUUGUACUCCAGAGCUUACGCAGACCGUUCCGUAUUUUUACUGGAUACAUUGGCGGAGAGGAAGUUAAUAAUUCUCAUGAUUUCCUUUAUCUUCAUCUGGGUCUUGUUCAACUAACUCAAAGUCAGGAUCGACCAAGCUCUUAGCAACAUUAUGGAGUAUAAUACAAGCAAUAAUUAUUUUCGGUACAUUUCACAACUUUACGCGGCAAACAUACUGUAGGAUAGGAAACCGGCAUUUCAGUUGGCCGAAACAGCGUUCAAUUAUAACUCUUUGUUGUUUUAAAAGCUUAUUAUAAUUUAUUUCUGCACCUGGAGUAGGAUUUCUGAAGGGAGUCAUAAGGCAUGGCUCAAUACCAUAACCGAAAUCG